UUUUCGAUUUUGCCUCACGCCAGUCGAGAUGAUGAUUUGGGCGACGUGGAUUUCACCGUUAGUAGAAGUUUAAAGCACACGUUGGUAUGGUGAUCUGUUGCCACAUGUCUGGCCGAGUUGCUGACUGAGCGAGGGCCAAUAGCUAAUAGCAAUUAUGAGUGAAGCUGUGAAACGCAGAGGUGGAAAACCCAACCGCGGUGGAGGAAGAUUCAACAAGCCUUCGUCUGGACGUGGUGGGGGGCGAGGUAGAGGGGGGAGAGGUGGAGGAGGUCGAGGGAGAGGCAGAGGGAAGCCCAGCUUGGCUGGUGGUGGUGGGGAGGGCAGGAAGGCAGGGGCGUCUGCUGUUGCUGAGGGCUACUUGGGAGAAGCAACCUUCACUGACCUGGAUUAUGAUGUGGAUGAUGACUUUGAUUUUAGACAACACCAUCAAUCUGCUGGGCCCAAAGCGGGUGGGGCCCCCUCCUUUCAUGGGCGUGGAGGAAGUUCCACAGCUGGUGUUUCCCGGGGAUACAGGCCUAGGCCUGGCCGAGGUCAUCAUGGGAGGAAAGUACAGGUUCAACGACUGCACAUGACCAAUGAGAAUCAGGACAUGGUGCGAGAGAUGCUCAAGAGCCUGCAGGGUGCAGACCUUGAUGAAGUUGACCCAGAGGAGUAUGAUGAGCUGGAUGUACGUAUGGAAGACCAGUACUGGCUGACAGACUCCAGGAUUUCUGUGCAGGAGAUGACCUCUUACUCAGGGAGUGCCCAGGUGGAUAUACAGGAUGAGGUGGGACAGGCUCGGCUGGAGAUCAACAGAAUGGCUCUUCAAAGACUACAGAGAUAUGGAUUUCAUGUGGACAGAUGCAUCAAGGCCCUGCAAGCAAACAAGGGAGAUGUGGGUGCUUCCAUGGAGUAUCUUUACAACCAGUGCCUUACAGAAGAUGGUAUUAGAGUCUCUGAGAACACAGAGUCAGAAGAUCUCCCCAGCAUGGAUGAGGCUUUGGAACAAAGAAGGGAUGAGGCUGUGGCUCUUGAAUCCAUCUAUGAUGAAACCUUUAAAGAAAAGAUCUCUGACAAGCUCUGGGUUUUACAUUUGGACCUACCACACUUUAAGCCUAUUUUAGAAGUCCUAGAGGCACAGAAGGAAGAAGGCAGAAGACCAAAAUUUAAGUUAACUGAUAGGAGUAAAGAUGCUGAAAAGAAGAGUGAAGACAUCUGUAAAUUCUAUCUGAAGGGCAACUGUAGAUUUGGUCGAAGGUGUAGGCAUAGUCAUGUAAAGCCUGAAGAAGAGAGGCCCAAACACCUCAUACAGGAUCAAGAGGAUGAAGUCAGUAGUCAGAGCCCAUAUGAAGUAGAAAUACGGUUUCCUGCUCAAUGUCUAUAUCCCUACCAACCACCUAUUGUUGCUUUCACCUCAAACAGAAUUGACUUCCCCAUAGCAGCAUGUCUGAACAUUUCCCUCAGGCUCAACCAGGAAGCACAAUCAUUGGCUGAGAGUCACUCUCCUGCUGUCUUCUCAUUGGUCAGUGUUUUGGAAGAUGAGGAUGAAAUGUGGAAAGUGAUACUGGGAAAGCCUCACAGGUUUAGUUUACAAGAGCCAGUCAUCUCGGCCAGGGGAGCCAGUAAGGGAGGAAGUACAGCUGAUGUGAUGGCUACACAUGGGGAGGAUGAAGAGAGCAGUGACCUUCCCGAGGGGUCAUCUUCUGAAGAAGAAACAAAUGGAGAGGAUGUCAAGACAGCUGUUGUGAAGAACAACAGAUUUGUGAGACCUGUGAAGGACUUACAUGUUGUGAGGAGCGAGAACAGAAAACUCAAAGACAGGUUCAAGAAAAAACAGACGACAUCAGCCUACAGGUCAAUGUUGGGGGAGAGGCAGAAGUUACCAGCAUGGAAUGAACAAGACAACAUUCUGAAGGCCUUGAACGACAGCCAGGUCUUGGUAGUCAGUGGAAUGACUGGAUGUGGGAAGACCACUCAAGUUCCCCAGUUCAUCCUGGAUGAUUUCCUGGGCUCCAGUAAAGGUGGUCUGUGCAGCAUCAUCUGCACACAGCCCCGCAGGAUCUCAGCCACAGCUGUGGCUGACAGGGUGGCCAAUGAACGGGUGGAACGGCUUGGUAAUGUUGUGGGAUACCAGAUCAGACUGGAGAGCAAAAUGUCGACAUGGACACGCCUGGUGUUCUGCACCACUGGGGUCCUGCUGAGGAGACUGGAAGGGGACAGCCUACUGGAGGGGAUCACACACAUCAUUGUGGAUGAAGUACACGAGAGGUCGGAGGAAAGUGACUUCCUGAUCAUGGUGCUGAAAGACCUGCUGCCCAAGCGCCCUGACAUCCGCAUCAUACUCAUGAGUGCCACCCUUAAUGCAGACUUGUUCUCCAUGUACUUUGGCAACUGCCCUGUUAUAGAAAUACCUGGAAAAAUAUUUCCAGUAGACCAGUACUUCCUUGAAGAUGCAAUUGACUUCACAAGUUAUGUGAUUGAAGAAAACUCCCCGUAUGCACGCUCUAUGAAGCCCAGUGGUGGGGCAUCCAAGAUGAAGGUGUCUAGCAGGAGAGAGUUCUUUGAGGAUGUCACAGAACAACUGAAGUCCCUGGAAGUAUCAGGUGUCAAACCUCCCAAGGACAGCACACCUGACCAGAACCUGAACCUGCAGGAGAUGCUCUACAGAUAUACAGACCUACGUAAGUCUGUUGUGAAGACUCUGGCCACUAUGGAUUUUGAGAAGAUCAACAAUGAUCUGAUGGAGGCUUUGCUGGAGUGGAUCGUGUUGGGAGAUCAUCAGUACCCCAAGGAUGGAGCAGUACUUGUGUUCCUGCCUGGUCUGGCAGAAAUAACCUCCCUGUAUGAGCAGUUACAGAGCAGCUCUGUCUUUGGCUCCAGGAGCAAAAGGAAGUUCAACAUCAUCCCACUGCACUCAUCACUGUCAAGUGAAGACCAGCAGAAAGUCUUCUACAAGCCCAAGGAGGGAACAACCAAGAUUGUGCUGUCCACUAACAUCGCUGAAACCUCCAUCACUAUUGAUGAUGUGGUGUUUGUUAUUGAUGCUGGCAGGAUGAAGGAGAAAAGGUACGACCACACCAAAGGCAUGGAGAGUCUGGAGGUGACGUGGGUCUCCAAGGCCAAUGCACUACAGAGGAAGGGUCGAGCAGGCCGCGUGGCCUCAGGGGUGUGCUUCCAUCUUUUCACCUCACACAGCUUUGACCACAUCUUCAGAGAACAGCAGGUGCCAGAGAUCCAGCGAGCACCUCUGGAGCAGCUGUUACUCAGAAUCAAAAUUCUGGACAUCUUCAAGGACCAAGAAUUGCAGCAUGUGCUGUCUAGGAUCCUGGAGCCACCUGAUCGCACCAGCAUUGAGACUGCUAUUGUCAGAUUACAGGAUCUGGGAGCUCUAAAUAGGGACCAGGAGCUGACACCUCUCGGGUACCACCUGGCCCAGUUACCAGUAGAUGUCAGGAUUGGAAAGCUGAUGUUGUUUGGAGCCAUUUUCCGGUGCUUAGAUCCUGUCCUCACAAUAGCUGCCAGUCUAAGCUUCAGAUCACCCUUUGUGGCACCUUUUGACAAGCGGGAUGAAGCUGACAAGAAGAAACAAGAGUUUGCAAUAGGAAACAGUGACCACCUCACUCUACUCAAUGCCUACAAGGGUUGGACCACUUCUCUCAAACAUGGCUCAUAUGCUGGCUACAGAUAUUCUAUGGAAAACUUCCUGUCCAUAAAGACUCUUAAGGAGAUUGUCAGCAUGAAGCGACAGUUCACAGAGCUGCUGUCCAGUAUUGGGUUUGUGAAGGAGGGACUGACUGCCAGACAGAUUGAGAGGUCCAGUAACAGUAAUGACCCUGAUGGGAUCAUCACUGCAGCAGGAGAGGAGACCAACCUGAAUGCAAACAACCAACAGCUGGUAGCAGCUAUGAUGUGUGCAGCUCUGUACCCAAAUGUUGUCCAGGUUCUGACACCAGAGUCCAAGUACAGCCUGACCAGUGCAGGAGCUGUUCCAAAAGCACCAAAACCUGAGGAGCUCAGGUUCAAGACCAGAGAUGAUGGAUAUGUAUUUGUUCAUCCAUCUUCCGUCAACUUUCAAGUGAGACACUACGAGAGCCCCUACCUGGUUUAUCAUGAGAAAAUAAAAACUUCUAAGAUCUACAUCCGUGACUGCAGCAUGGUGUCUGUCUAUCCCCUGCUGCUGUUUGGUGGGGGAAGCCUGCGCAUUGACCUGGAGGCUGGCAAUUUUGUCAUCUCCUUGGAUGAUGGAUGGAUCAGGUUCAUUGCUGCUUCUCAUGAGGUGGCUGAGUUGGUUCGUGAGCUACGACUGGAGCUUGAUCAGCUGCUGGCAGACAAGAUUGAGAACCCCAACAUGGACCUCUGUAACUGUCCUAGGGGAAGCCGCAUCAUUGACACCAUUGUUAAACUCAUUACCACACAGUAAGGAGUGACAGCACCUCUCAAGUAAACAUU